AUGAUGAUGUGGGAGGCGCUCCGGGAGGGGCUGGACGAGGAGAUGGAGAAGGACCCCACCGUCUGCCUGAUGGGCGAGGAUGUGGGCCACUACGGCGGCUCCUACAAGGUGUCGUACGGGCUGUACAAGAAGUACGGCGACAUGCGGCUGCUGGACACGCCCAUCUGCGAGAACGGCUUCAUGGGCAUGGGGGUGGGCGCCGCCAUGACGGGCCUGCGCCCCAUCGUGGAGGGCAUGAACAUGGGCUUCCUGCUGCUGGCCUUCAACCAGAUCUCCAACAACUGCGGCAUGCUGCACUACACCUCCGGGGGGCAGUUCAAGGUGCCCAUGGUCAUCCGCGGGCCGGGAGGCGUGGGGCGCCAGCUGGGCGCGGAGCACAGCCAGCGCCUCGAGUCCUACUUCCAGUCCAUCCCGGGCGUGCAGCUGGUGGCGUGCUCCACGGUGGCCAACUCCAAGGCUCUGCUGAAGAGCGCCAUCCGCAGCGACAACCCCAUCAUCUUCUUCGAGCACGUACUGCUGUACAACGUCAAGGGCGAGGUGCACCCGGGCGACUACUGCCAGUGCCUGGAGCGUGCGGAGAUGGUGCGCGAGGGUACCGACGUCUCCAUCUUCUGCUACAGCCGGAUGCGCUACGUCGUGAUGCAGGCGGUGGCGGAGCUGGAGAAGCAGGGCUACAACCCAGAGGUGAUUGACCUCAUCUCCCUCAAGCCCUUUGACAUGGAGACCAUCUCCAAGUCCAUCAAGAAGACGCGCAAGGCCAUCAUCGUGGAGGAGUGCAUGAAGACGGGCGGCAUCGGCGCCUCGCUGUCCGCCGUCAUCCACGAGUCGCUGUUCAACGAGCUGGACCACGAGGUGCUGCGCCUGUCCUCCCAGGACGUGCCCACCUCGUAUGCUUAUGAGCUGGAGGCGGCCACCAUUGUGCAGCCGGAGAAGGUGGUGGAGGCGGUCCACAAGGUGUGCGGCACCCGCGUGGCCGCAUGA